AUGUCAUUCAUGAAGAAGAAGUUUCAACAUUAUAUUGAUGAGUACCACGACGCUUUGGGUAAGGAUAUAAAAAAGUAUGACAAACUAAAAGAUUUGGACAUUUUCGUCUUGGACAACUCUAUGCGGGAGAGCACUGUUGGACAACUUAGAGGUCAUACGAUUGAAAGUAAACGCGCCAUCUUGAAUGAAGUUAAGAAAUGUGGUUUCAAGCAUAAGAUCAUUGCCUCGUUUUCGCACAUGACGCGGGUAGAUGACGAAUGGAUGAAGCUACUCAUUAAAGAGGGCGAAGAUCCUGAGUAUUUAUGGGCUUUCUCUGAGGUGACUGAAGGUGCUAAAAAAGAUCGCACUCCCGAAACUGAAAUUGUCCCCGCUGGACUGCGAAAAAUGAAGGAGGCAGGCAUACGGAACGUAUUUUUUGAGGUAGAUCUUGGUGACGCCACGUAUGAUUUCGAUCGUUUCUCCAUGAGGGAGAUGUGCAGACUCACCAAGAAGUGGAUAAGAUGGUGCUACGAAAAUCUCCAUCAAAAGUCCAAAGUUUUGAUUAACAUCCGGGACAUAGAGGCAGUGAUGGAAACACAUCCUGAACGUGUGUGUAAGUAUGUCCAAUCUAUCUCGAAGAUGCCCUGUGACAGACGUCCAUUUGGCUUUGCAUAUGAAGAGCCCGGGAAGUCUUUGCCAGAAGAGUGCGGACAUUGGGCUAGGCUUAUCCGGAAGAUUAUGGAUGCCAACAACUUUAAGGGACAUUUACUUGUACAUGUGCACGAAAAAUUUGGCUAUUGUGAUGCAGCAGCUUUGCAGUGCUUGAUGGACGGAGCUGAUGGUAUUUGGGCAAGCGUUUGUGGAGAAGGGGCGUCUAUGGGGCAAGCCUCCUCCUGCGUAACUCUCAUGAACAUGAUCCGCCUUGGCAACAAAAAGGUGUUGAAGGCCUACAACUGUAAGCAUCUGCGCAGAGCAGCCAUAGAAGUGACGAAGAUCACCACGGGGAAUCCCCCUCAUAAAAGACAGCCCAUAUUUGGCACCAGAGCCCUUGAUUAUGUCUUCAAUCUGAAGAAAGAUGAAUUUCAUUUGGCUGACUUCUUUGGUGUAAAGGCACCCGUUCGUAUCACUACAAUGGCUUCUGCUAAGAUGAUACAAACGCGAUUAAUUGAUUUAUUUGGUAAAUAUUCUGGAUUUACUCUUGAGAUUGCUACCCGUAUGAAGGAGAUUAUCUUGGAAGAUCUGCGAUCAAACAGGAAAGAGGAAUAUAUGAGUAGGUUUGGACUGGCCGUCCUGUUUGACCGAGCUGGCGGCUCCCUUACCACAGACAUGCGUGACAAAAUAGCGGUUCUAGGAGAUAAGCGACCGCAUGUUAAAUACCUAAUUGGAGAAGUUCGUAAAAUUUGGGAUGAUCUGGAUGCCCGGGAGUGUAAUGACAGGGAUGAUAUGCUGGCAUUCGAUUCGUUCUACCACGGCUUUAUGGCCCAGUACUUCGCUUCGUACCGCACCAAAGAAACUAAACAAGCUUUAAAGGCUUUGGACAUGGACGAUGACGGAAAGAUCGACUGGAAUGAAUUCAAGGUUUAUUUGAUAUGGGCUGCGAACGAAUACCCUAAGACGGAAACGCUCGAAGAUCUUCUGGAGAUUGCAUUCACGGAAGCAAUUAUUCCCGCCAGUCGGGAUGAAUACGUUUCACCUGCAGACAUAAUGAUACGACGUCAGAUACUGUACAUCACGGCGUAA